GCGGAUGUUUGGUUGGUGGACGAGGCCAUGGCGGGCGCCGUGCCGGGGAUCGUCGUCCUGGCGCUCGGCGCCGGGGCGUUGGGCGGGCCCGACGGGCUGCGCCUCCUGCUCGCGGUCGCCGGGCGGAACCCCGUCGCCGACAUCGCCAUCUGCCUCUUCGCGCUGACCGUCGCCACCGCCCAGAUUCGCGGCGCCGUGCUGCUCGCGCGCUUCGUCCGCAAGGCGCCCGCAGGAGCCGGCGCGGACCCCCUCGCCCUCACCACCCUGCUGCUGUCCCUCGCCGCGGCGUCGCUCGUCGCCGCGUGCCUCGUCGUCGCCCCCGGCGGCCUGGGCUCCGUCCGCCUGCUCGCCGACUCCGCCGCCAAGAACUACCCCAUCGGCGCCCUUGUCGUCAUCGCCGCCACGGCCGCGGCCUACCUCCUCCGCGUCUUCCGCGAGCGUUGGAAUGCGCGCGGCCGCGCCGCCACUGCUGAGCGCGACGCGACGGCACGCCACGCGCACGCGGAGCGCUUCGUCGGCCUGCCCCUCCUAGCCGUAGUCGCCGCCGCAGCAGCAGCCGCGGUCGGCGCGCGCGGAGGCCUCGACGCCCUGCGCCUCUCUCCCGGCUUUGCCGUCGCCGUCACCAUCGCUAUCGUCGUCGGCGCCACGCUGCGUGUCGUCCUCUUCUACCGCAGGACGCGCAACAAUGCCGCCGCCGUCGGUGGUGGCGGCGACGCUGCCCCUGCGCCCGGCGCCGCGCCACUGGCACGCGGCGCCUCGGCGAGCCAUCCUCCCUGGCCGCCGCUGUUAGCUGAAUAAGUCUGUCGUGCUUUUGCUAUUUAGCUUAGUUAGCUGCAUUUUACUCCAAUUCUUGUAAAAUGAGUCAGGCAUGCGGUGUAAAUAGGAAGCAUGAGGUGGUUGAGCCUGAGGCGUGCUCGUUCACGCCGGGCGCGUCCGCGUCGCGCGGCAUGAUCAGACGUGGGGGACGGCGCACGUCGAUUUCGGAUCAUGACGCGCGUCGGCCGGUGGCUCCCGUGGUCACCGUCAUGUUCUUUGUUUUCCCUAAUAAAAGGAAGAGAAAACCGAAAAGGCUGCAGCGCUCGCAGCGCAAAGUUUCGCA